AUGGCUAAAAACCUGAAACUGAAUACAGUACCUCAUCCUCAACCUUACAAAAUCCUAUGGUUUCAAAACGGCAGCGGGUUCAAGGUAACGAAGUGUUGCUUAGUUUCAUUUUCCAUCGGGAAAACCUACAAGGAUGAGAUUUGGUGUGAUGUGGUGCCGAUGGACGCGUGUCAUUCGCUGCUUGGUAGACCUUGGCAAUUCGACCGAUGGGUGAUGCAUGAUGGCUUCAACAACACUCACUCAUUUGUUAAAAAUGGUCUCCGAAUCACUUUGGCGCCAGUAAAACCGAACGGAAUUGACGUAAAAAAAGAGUCUAACUUGUUCCUUAUAGGCUCUCAAACUUUAGAGUCUAUUUCCAAAGGUAACACUCCUGCGAUCUUAUUAGUUGUGAAAACAAACGAUUUGGUUUACUCAGAAAUUCCUGAACUGAUCCGUCCUUUGUUGGAGGAAUUUUCUAAUAUUGUGCCCGAGGAGAUUCCUGAUGGCAUGCCACCAAUGAAGAAUAUACAACAUCGCAUGAAUCUAGUGCUAGGGGCAUCACUGCCAAACAACGCAACCUAUCGUUUGAAUCCAAUCCAAUAA